CUAAAUUGAUCCAACCCUUCUCCACCCUACUGUUUUUCAAUAAGCCUUCCGCGCAUUUCCGCUUUGCAACCGAAGGCAAAGCAGAGUCUUUGAGAAACACCCGGAAGUUGUCGUCUUCACACCACAUGACUGAAGAUUUGGGACCGGAAAACAAAUGGAAAAGGGAGACUGCUUUCCUUUGCACAGCCGACUUCAACAAUAACCUGCCGCCGAAUCCAAUCAGAUGGAAACUAAUGGACUUUCCAACGCAUCGCACCUGCCUCGCUCUACCCGGAGCUGAAGCGUUGCACGAUGAGUUAAGUCAACGAAACACACUCAGUGCUGAUCUCGGAGAGUCCGUUGAUCCGGUCCUGCUCAAGAAGCUACAAGUCUGUUCUGGUCGUGCAUCUCUUCUAUCCCAGGACGCCACACUUCUCAACGAGUACACCAAUGCACAUCGCGCGGCAGCCCGUAAUGACUUCAACGUGUCAUCGGCGAGGCGACCUGAUCUCUCAAAGGCUUUAUGGCUCAUGAACACGCAGUAUAUAUCUUCCAUGACGCUUCCCGAACACCUUGGUAGAAGCGAAAAAGAUUGGGCCAAGCGUAAACACAGUAACGUAUUAGAUAUCACGCGACGGAACUCGCACGCGUCACAAAUCGAGGCCAUUCACGAAUCGUUCAAAGCAGCCCAGAACGUUCCUGCUCAUGAGAAAAAUGCAGACAUCCAUCCUGCUGAGGUGAUCGAAGUUUUGCCUGAUAUCGAUCGGCAGCAUGGAUCCUACAUCCAUUUUACAUUCGAUGAAAGUCCAGCCUCAGAUAUUGAAGGCAAAGAUAUUCUUCGCAACGACUGCCCUUUGGGCCAGGUAGAAAACUCUUUGGUUAAACCUUAUUCAAUCGACGGGGCCAGCAGUUCACCGGAUAAGUUCAUUGCUUUUAUGACCCCUUCGCUCCCUAUCGUCUAUUUUCCUAAGAUUCAGGAAGGUUCCCAUAAAUAUGAAUGGAGAAAUGAAUAUCAGUAUAGAAUGGCCAAUGACUACGGCACGAAACCUGACACGGUGUGUCUUCUUUUCGAUCCGGGCAUGAGCUGUAUGCGGUAUGUGAAAUUGAACUCAAGAAUGAUACUCAGUAGAAGAAGUAAGCACGCGAAAGGGAAAGCAGCGAGGCGUAUGCAAAGACCUUCGAGCAUUACUGUUAAACGAAUUCCUUCAGAUCUGCCUGACUCACCAAGGGUUCACAAGAUAAACAGGCUUUAAUUUUUGCCAGCAGUUGAUUGUGAUUUUCUGGUGACGACUUGAGCAUGGCUGGUCAGAAACCAUCUUUAUCUCGUCACCGAUGUCAGUAAAGCUAAUGUCUCUCAGAUUUUGUGUCGCGUCGGUAUUUAUCUGCUGACAGGUGCUAUCUUAGUGAUCAUGACAGUUGAAUAAAGGCUGUUUGAUGACGGCUCAACGGAUUCUGCGGAGUUCGAUACGCCCCUUUGAUAUUACCAGGUGAAAUACAUUUUGGUUGAAAUAGAAUUUGAUAUUAGAAUAAAGCUUGCUACG